AUGGAUAUCGUGGCACACCAGCGGAGAUUGGCAGACCAAAAGGCGUGGAGCGAAAAGUUCUCGACCACGGCAGGAUUCGAACCUGCAAUCUUCUGCUCCGUAGGCAGACGCGUUAUCCAUUGCGCCACGCGGCCUACUGUGGAUGGACAUCAUGGCACACCAGCGGAGAUUGGCAGACCAAAAGGCGGGAGCGAAAAGUUCUCGACCACGGCAGGAUUCGAACCUGCAAUCUUCUGCUCCGUAGGCAGACGCGUUAUCCAUUGCGCCACGCGGCCUACUGUGGAUGGAUAUCGUGGCACUCCAACGGUGAUUGGCAGACGAAAAGGCGAGGAGCGAAAAGUUCUCGACCACGGCAGGAUUCGAACCUGCAAUCUUCUGCUCCGUAGGCAGACGCGUUAUCCAUUGCGCCACGCGGCCCAAUGUAAGAACAUUGAAUAUGCUUGCUUAACUAGUACAUGUCAUGGCACACCAGCGGAGAUUGGCAGACCAAAAGGCGUGGAGCGAAAAGUUCUCGACCACGGCAGGAUUCGAACCUGCAAUCUUCUGCUCCGCAGACGCGUUAUCCAUUGCGCCACGCGGCCUACUGUGGAUGGAUAUCGUGGCACUCCAACGGUGAUUAGCAGACCAAAAGGCGUGGAGCGAAAAGUUCUCGACCACGGCAGGAUUCGAACCUGCAAUCUUCUGCUCCGUAGGCAGACGCGUUAUCCAUUGCGCCACGCGGCCCACUGUAAGAACAUUGGAUAUACAUGGCACACCAGCGGUGAUUGGCAGACCAAAAAGGCGUGGAGCGAAAAGUUCUCGACCACGGCAGGAUUCGAACCUGCAAUCUUCUGCUCCGUAGGCAGACGCGUUAUCCAUUGCGCCACGCGGCCUACUGUGGAUGGAUAUCGUGGCACUCCAACGGUGAUUAGCAGACCAAAAGGCGAGGAGCGAAAAGUUCUCGACCACGGCAGGAUUCGAACCUGCAAUCUUCUGCUCCGUAGGCAGACGCGUUAUCCAUUGCGCCACGCGGCCUACUGUGGAAUUGGAUAUCGUGGCACUCCAACGGUGAUUAGCAGACCAAAAGGCGAGGAGCGAAAAGUUCUCGACCACGGCAGGAUUCGAACCUGCAAUCUUCUGCUCCGUAGGCAGACGCGUUAUCCAUUGCGCCACGCGGCCCAAUGUAAGAACAUUGAAUAUGCUUGCUUAACUGUACAUGUCAUGGCACACCAGCGGAGAUUGGCAGACCAAAAGGCGUGGAGCGAAAAGUUCUCGACCACGGCAGGAUUCGAACCUGCAAUCUUCUGCUCCGUAGGCAGACGCGUUAUCCAUUGCGCCACGCGGCCUACUGUGGAUGGAUAUCGUGGCACUCCAACGGUGAUUAGCAGACCAAAAGGCGUGGAGCGAAAAGUUCUCGACCACGGCAGGAUUCGAACCUGCAAUCUUCUGCUCCGUAGGCAGACGCGUUAUCCAUUGCGCCACGCGGCCUACUGUAAGAACAUUGGAUAUCUUAACGUGGCACUCCAACGGUGA